UCUCGGCGUCCGUGGCAGCAUCCACUUAUUCUUUACUACUUGCCUGCGAUGUGACUCCACGCCGCUCGCCCACUGGAAUAUCAGCCCGUGUGCCAAGUGACGGAUUUUACGCGCACGCCACGCCGUUCGGUUUUCCGAAUUUGAAGGGGACACCGCGGCAGCGGGCAAUACCUUUUGCCAUGACUGUGGAAUUAAUCAAGAUUUUGUGCCUGGUAACAGCGGUUCUCGCGAUGGAAGAAACGCUGAUGGACACCCGGACGGCCACAGCGGAGCUCGGGUGGACGGCGUACCCUUCUUCAGGGUGGGAGGAAGUUAGCGGCUACGAUGAGAACCUGAACACCAUCAGAACAUACCAGGUGUGCAACGUCUUUGAAUCCAACCAGAACAACUGGCUGCUCACCACUUUCAUCGCCCGUCGCGGCGCUCAGCGCAUCUACGUGGAGAUGCGGUUUACCGUACGGGACUGCAGCAGCAUCCCGCGGGUCCCGGGGUCGUGUAAGGAGACCUUCAACCUCUACUACUAUGAGACGGACUCUGUCAUUGCCACCAAGGGAACGGCGUUCUGGAUGGAGGCCCCGUAUUUAAAGGUGGACACCAUUGCGGCGGACGAGAGCUUUUCCCAGGUGGAUUUCGGCGGCAGGCUGAUGAAAGUGAACACGGAGGUGAGAAGUUUCGGGCCGCUGUCCAAAAAUGGCUUUUACCUGGCGUUUCAGGACUAUGGGGCGUGCAUGUCCUUGCUGUCCGUGCGUGUGUUUUAUAAGAAAUGUCCCAGCGUGGUGCAGAACUUUGCCAUAUUUCCUGAGACCAUGACGGGGGCGGAAAGCACCUCGCUGGUGAUCGCUCGUGGAAUGUGCAUCCCGAACUCUGAGGAAGUGGACGUGCCGAUAAAGUUGUACUGUAAUGGCGAUGGAGACUGGAUGGUUCCGAUUGGAAGCUGCACCUGCAAGGCCGGGUUCGAGCCGGACAAUGGGAACAUCUGUCGAGCUUGUCCUCCAGGAACGUUCAAGUCCAGCCAGGGGACAGGUUUAUGUCUUCAGUGUCCAUCCAACAGCAGGUCCACAUCUGAAGCAGCAACCAUCUGCGUCUGCAGGAACGGCUAUUACAGAGCAGACGGAGAGCAGCCAGACAUACCCUGCACCAGUGUUCCAUCUGGGCCAAGGAACGUCAUAUCCAUCGUGAACGAGACAUCGGUGACCCUAGAGUGGCAUUCCCCGCGUGAGACAGGAGGGCGCGAUGACGUGGUUUACAAUAUCGUAUGUAAGAAAUGCCAAGCUGACUUGCGGUCAUGUUCUCACUGUGAUGACAAUGUGGAAUUUGUGCCCCACCAACUGGGGCUCACCGAAACCAGAGUCUUUAUCAGUAACCUUCUGGCACACACGCUCUACACGUUUGAGAUCCAGGCUGUGAACGGCGUCACCAACAAAAGUCCGUACCCUGCCCAGCACGUCUCCAUUGACAUCACAACUAACCAGGCUGCUCCCUCCAUUGUUCCCAUCAUGCAUCAGGUCAGCUCUACGAUGAAAAGCAUUACGUUGUCGUGGCCGCAGCCUGAACAGCCCAACGGGAUCAUCCUCGACUAUGAGCUAUGCUACUAUGAGAAGGACUUAUCAGAGGUGAACUCGACGCAGGUGAGGAGUCAGACAAACACGGCUCAUGUGGAUGGACUGCGCUCAGGCACCGUGUACGUCGUGCAGGUUCGCGCCAGGACAGUCGCCGGGUUUGGCAAAUACAGCAACAAAAUGUGUUUCCAAACCCUCACAGAUGACGACUAUAAAUCAGAGCUGAGGGAACAGUUGCCGUUGAUUGCGGGCUCCGCCGCGGCUGGAGUGGUCUUCAUUGUGUCUCUGGUGGCCAUAUCCAUAGUCUGUAGCAGAAAACGGGCGUACAAUAAGGAGGCAAUAUACAGCGACAAGCUACAGCACUACAGCACUGGCAGAGAACUGACUCUGAGACCUGAUCUGUCCAAUUGCCACACGCCCAUGGGCUGCCCGACCCUGCCUGGCUCUCCUGGGAUGAAGAUCUACAUCGACCCUUUCACCUAUGAGGACCCGAAUGAAGCCGUGAGAGAGUUUGCCAAAGAAAUCGAUGUCUCGACGGUCAAAAUCGAAGAAGUUAUUGGGGCAGGUGAGUUUGGGGAAGUCUACAAAGGUCGACUCAAACUGCCCGGGAAACGAGAAAUCCACGUCGCCAUCAAAACUCUAAAGGCGGGCUAUUCUGAGAAGCAGAGGCGGGACUUCCUGUCAGAGGCGUCAAUCAUGGGCCAGUUCGACCACCCCAACAUCAUUCGUCUGGAGGGCGUGGUCACCAAGAGCCGGCCCGUCAUGAUCGUCACAGAAUUCAUGGAGAACGGAGCUCUUGACUCCUUCCUUAGGCAAAACGAUGGGCAGUUCACGGUGAUCCAGCUGGUGGGGAUGUUGAGGGGUAUCGCAGCUGGAAUGAAGUACCUGUCAGAGAUGAACUAUGUCCACCGAGACCUCGCCGCUCGCAACAUCCUGGUCAACAGCAACCUGGUGUGCAAAGUCUCCGAUUUCGGGCUGUCCCGCUACCUGCAAGAGGACACCUCCGAUCCCACCUACACCAGCUCGCUGGGUGGAAAGAUCCCUGUCAGAUGGACCUCACCGGAAGCAAUUGCAUACAGGAAGUUCACCUCUGCUAGUGACGUGUGGAGUUACGGUAUCGUCAUGUGGGAGGUGAUGUCCUUCGGCGAGAGGCCCUAUUGGGACAUGAGCAACCAAGAUGUGAUCAAUGCUAUAGAGCAGGACUACAGACUGCCACCCCCUAUGGACUGCCCGACUGCUCUCCACCAGCUGAUGCUUGACUGUUGGCAGAAAGAUCGGAACGUUCGGCCGCGCUUCACGGACAUCGUGAACACGCUCGACAAACUCAUCCGCAACCCAACCAGCCUUAAAGCAGUCGCUAGUAUACCCACAAUUCCAUCCCAGCCUUUGUUGGACAGAUCCAUUCCCGACUUUACCACCUUCAGUUCUUUAGAGGACUGGCUGAGCGCCGUUAAGAUGUCUCAGUAUAGAGAUAACUUCCUUAACUCGGGCUUCACGUCACUUCAGCUCGUCACCCAGAUGACUUCAGAGGACCUGUUGAGGAUAGGUGUGACUCUGGCCGGCCAUCAGAAGAAAAUCCUCAACAGCAUUCAGUCGAUACAUCUGCAGAUGGCACAGUGCCAGACGGACACUGCGCUGGCAUGACUACAGGGGGCGCCGGACGACGGGCCGGGCAGCUUGCGGGAGAUUUACCAGCGGGUGAGCCCAAUCCCAUCGGAGCGCGGCAGAAUAGAGACGAUCAUCCUGAUCUGAGAACGUUUCAGGAGAAACAUCACAACUCCAUAUCCAACAGACCGGACCGAACCGGGACUCGUCGGGAUUCACAGGACGUCUGUUAACAUGUUGGCUAAGACUAGGAAACAGGAAGUCCACUUGACUGUCUGUUUAACACUUCUGACUACAUUUACAGGGAAAACCCAAGAAGCCGACUAUUUUGGUCUCCGUCUUGUCACCGUAGUUUUGGUCUCGGACACACGAUCUACGUUUUCGUUAUUGUCAACUGUUCAAAUACUAUUCAAGUUAUUUUCUCCGGUUCCUGAUGUUUUUGAUCACUUCUGCUUCCCACUUACACUACCUGUUGAUCUCGGAAUGGCUGCCAUUGCCAAAGGACAUCCUGUAUGCCUGCUUCCCACCCCCCGGCCAUACGAGCGUAAAUGAUGUAUAUCUUUAAAUAAAUGCGUAUAUCUUCAGAGUAAACCUUCAUAUUGAAGGUGAAGUGGAAUGGACUUGUAUGUAAAUACCCACUUCUUUCGCUUGCAUUUUUGGCAAUGUUGCUUACCGAAUGGACCAGAACCGCCCGUUAGGUGUCUCGCGAUUCUGGAAGGCGUCGGGCGUGAUGCCACGAGUGUGAUCUGGGAUGAACUCUGACUCUUUGUCUAUGUUGUGUAAAUAUCAGUUAGUUGUGUAUAAAAUAGCGAGAAAAGAAAUACCUUAGGUGAAAAAAGCUACGCAUUCAGGCCACUAAAGGAAGCAGUGUUUAUUGUAGGUGUUCCCACGCUCCUGAGCACUUACGUGUACAGCUUUUCUUUCUUCCACCUCUUCUAGUUGUUCUUGUUAGUGAGUGUUUGAAUGCGUCGACUAGCAUCGGGUAGGCCACCCGAACUAGCUGGUUCACUUAAAUGUAGUUCCACUGUUAAUAAGCUGUACUAAUGUUGGUCUAACAGGGUCUUAAAAACCGCCAAUCUGUUUUUCAAACACGUGUUUACAUGAUAAGCGAACUGAAAGGUCACAGACAGGUAAUAGACGGACACGGAGCUAGCUACGUGCGCGGGAAAUUCCCGAUCAGACCGAGUUGCUCUCUCAGCUUCAGAUAUUUCUCUGACAUUGUUAAACGCGGUACUUGUUCUCCGUUCCAUCAGCUCUCCAAUUAUUUGCGUGCAUGUCUGGAUGGAACAUCUGUGUGACCCUUUAGGAACAGAUGCCUAACACCACCCCAUUGAGCACAUUCUACUUAUCCAGUCAGUGAAACACUCUCUUCGCACACACGGAUCGUUCCCGCAUUCGGGACCUUUCUUGGUUCAUAUUUUUGGUUGCCAUGGAGAAAAAUGUUUUUUUUUUUGUUAACUGCUUUACCUUUCAUUCAUCUGUUGAAGUAUGUGUAUGUGGCUCGGGUUGUAGACCUGCCAACGGUUCCCAUGAGAAAAACAGCUUAGUAAACAUAAAUUAUGUAUAGAUGGAAAUCUAAAACUACAUAAAGGUGUGUGAAAACUAGGUUUAGGGUGAUUAAAGUAUUUUUAUCUCUGCAUAAAAACAUUAGAAAUCAGUGGCCAAUGAGCGUGCAUGCGGUGUUUGUGUGUGAUGAAUUAGCCGCUACGUUGUCUGUAAGUUAAUGAGUCUCAUGGUUUAUGGUUAUUGUCUAAGAGCAACAUACACACAUAAUCCAUCAUGCAGAUAUACCCGAGGUGUUACACCUAAUUGGCCACAAUGAAUUUCACCAUGGCAACCAAAAAGCAUAUUGCUUCUUUGUUAAAGAUGAUACAUUUCUGCAGCUUCUGUCAAUAGCUCUUACCUUUGGACAAGCACACACAAACGCACGCACGCACACUUGCAUUAAUUGUAGGCUACUGCAACUUGUGUUCCCUUUCGAAAAUGAACCACUGUUUUACUACAUUUUAAACAAAAAAAUAACAUGGUUACUGUAGUUAAUCCAUGCCCUGUAAAAAUUUUGUAAAUUUGCAGUUUUCUGUAAUUUUACAUUUUUUACUGUAUUUUUAUCUGUACAAAAUAGUGUAAAAUGUAAAAUUACAAUGUGUUUCAUUUUGUUCUUGUAAAUUUGCAGUCUUUUUCUGUAAUUUGACAGGUUUUCACAGUUUAAAGAAAAACGUAAAUUAAAAUUCUGUAAAAUGACAGAAAAUUUUACAGAUACAUAGAAAGUCUGUUAAAAAUAACAGUAAAAUUCUCUAAAUUACAGUUUUUUACAGAAUGGUUACCACAAAAUAACCAUGUUUCUAAUUAAAAAAUCAUGGUUGCUUUAGUAAAACCAUGGUUUUGCCAAAAAAAAAAAAAAUUUUCAAGGGGGUCCUGAUGGUAAUCAAUACACCAAAAAAAUACGGUUACUUCAAAUUUACCACAAAAACCAUGGUUCAUUUUCAAAAGACUUGUAUUGCAUAAAAGAAAAGUGCAUUUAAUUCUCUAUAUAAAAACACCGUGGACAAAUUCCAGUUGUGUUCCUCUUUUAUAUAAACGUUAGCACAACAUUAAAAUGUCUCUUCAUGUACCGCUGUGUAAGCCACCAGAAGCGGCUCAAUUAAUGCUCACUAAGUAUCUCCGCCCUGUGCCUCUCGUGGCUUGCGUCCAGCUCGUUCGCUGUGGGGCGUAACCAAGCUGUCCGGAGUCCUGCCGUAUGGCCCCACUGAAAAAUGGCUGACUCGAUCUCAUCCCCAUGGACACACUGGGUAGGGCGGGGCCUGCCGGCUACCUGCCGACAUAGCAAACAGACGGCAGAGAAUGGUGAAUGAGCUGGGGUGAGUGAGAACAAAAGAGCUAUACGAGAGGAGGAGACUGUAGCCAGUCCAGGGCGAGAAAUGGAGUUAGGAGAAAAAAUGGAACGUCAUCUGUGCACAUUAUUCCAUAUAAAAAUAAUGCAGAGGGGAUUUGGUACUUAUGACAAUUGGCAUAGUGUUGAUCAUCUUUUAAUCUGAAUAGUUGCUCUUCACUGUCUGCACAUAAAGCACUAAACCAUUUCAGAUGUAAUAUGUGGUUUAUAUUUGCAUAUGUACAUUAACAGAUUGUUUGUAAUGAGAAUGUGUCCUUUCCACCACGUCUCUCUUCAAUUAUUUAAAUGUUCUUGCUCUUUAUGUUCAGUUAGCACCAUCGAGAUCUAGGUGUUUUUUAGGGGUGUUCAAAAAGAAACGGCCAGGGGAUGAGACGAUGAGCGGAAAUGAUUCCAGUCUAAUUUUAUCGCUCCUUGCCUGGAGUGUCGACACAUUCUGGAAUCUUGUGCAUAUUUGGCAGAGGAUCAGCGGCGAUGCCAUUACCGUGCCAACUGAAGUCUGAGCCGUGUCGGGUGUAUGCGUUCACGAGCACUGCUCAGACUUCACAAGCACAAACAAAAGCUUCGUCUGGAACUGCCUGUAGGAACGGGCCUGUGACUUUUUGCAGUUUCUCUUUACUGCGCUUUAAACGAAACGUUCAUGACGAAGUGAUGAAGCAUUACUUUUGGCAACCGAGAAGGAGAGGGGAGAAAGUCAAAGGGUUUGAGAGAGGGGGAGAUAGAGAGAGAGUGAACUGUUGAUGAAACUAGCAUGCCAUGGAUUCUAGCUCGCACUGUUCUGUAGAUACUGAAAGAAGGAAAGUCCCCCCACCCCGCCAAGGCUAUAUAGUUACCACUUGUUUCUUGUGAUGAGUAUGUCAGAGUUUAAAACUGUAAUUUUCUGAAAACUAUUGUACUGAAAUGCACUCAAUAAAGACCUUGGAAAAGUUGA